AUGGCCCCAGCGGAGGCUCCACAUGUGCAUGCCAAGCGCGCGGCCCCCCACUAUUGUAGGUGGCCUCCCGCAUCCCGCGCCGGCUUUUGCGCGCAGAGCUCGCGACUGUGGUGCCCGGACCAGCUUCGUCGGCCCCAUAAUAGUGAAAAAAAUCUCACGGAGUGCAAAUGCAUUACUGAGAUCACCAGAACACAGAAGCACGCAACGCUACAGGACUUCCCUGUUCUUUUGCUUGCACACGUCCAGCCCAGAGGACGAUUACACCGCCGUCAGGGUUCGCUAGUCUCCGGCAGCACAGGCUCCUUAUCACAUUUUGCAUUUUCACGCUCGCACAUGUCACAAAUAACCAAAUACAUCCCCAAAAGCACGCUUUUUCUCUGCCCGUUCUUUCUCAUCGCGUCAGACUUCGUACUCGCUAUGAGCGGCAAGGGCACGCGCGCAGGGAGCUCAUCUACAGGCAUCGGGUCGCGGCCCACGCGUCUGCAGCGGCUGCGGCAGCUCGUAGCGCAUCGAGAUCCGGCAAGAGGCCCGUCAGGUGCACUUACGAGCAUCGAAGAGUUUACUAGGAGAUGA